AUUUUAGGGUUUUACAUACCGCCGUUUCCCAGGAAAAGUCAUCAGAAGAAGAGGAGAGAAAGAUGCCGGCUGGACAUGGAUUGCGGUCAAGGACGAGGGAUCUAUUCGCCCGCGGAUUCAGAAAGAAGGGUACCAUCCAUCUCACCACCUAUCUAAGGACAUUCCACAUCGGCGAUUAUGUCGACGUUAAGGUAAACGGAGCCAUCCACAAGGGUAUGCCCCAUAAGUUCUACCAUGGCCGUACUGGACGUGUCUGGAACGUCACCAAGCGCGCCAUCGGUGUCGAAAUCAACAAACAGGUUGGUAACAGGAUCAUUAAGAAGAGGAUACAUGCACGUAUUGAGCAUGUUCAGCCAUCAAGGUGUAAUGAGGAUUUCAAACUUAGAGUUAAGAAGAAUGAUCUGUUGAAGGCAGAGGCUAAGGCUAAGGGUGAAGUAAUCAGCACUAAGCGUCAGCCUGUUGGACCUAAACCUGGUUUCAUGGUUGAAGGUGCGACCUUGGAAACUGUUACUCCUAUUCCAUAUGAUGUUGUCAAUGAUCUUAAGGGUGGGUAUUAGUUUGUUUUUGUUUGUUUUGAAGUUUCAUUUUGGUUUUAUGUGUGCUGUGCACAUUUCAUGACUCUUUCAUUCAAAGCCAAUUACUGGAUAUUGGGAUUUUAAGCUUAUGCUAAUUAAUCAUAGAGAUUUUGUUUCA